AACGCGAGAGUUUGCCACCUCGCUCCGCCUAUUUCUCUCUGGUAACAACAAACAGCGCCAAACUGCCGUAACCGUUCAUGGACCGAACCCCGGUGUGUAGCGUUCCUGACGGAACAAUGGACCCUUUAUGGAAAAAAGUCAACUCAUUUACUGGACCUAUUCCCCGGUCAAGACACGGACACCGAGCAGUGGCUAUUCGGGAACUUAUUAUCGUGUUUGGAGGUGGAAACGAGGGGAUAGCGGAGGAGCUCCAUGUUUACAACACCGUCUCUAAGCAGUGGUUUCUCCCAGCGGUGAGAGGGGACAUCCCUCCAGGCUGUGCUGCCCAUGGUUUUGCCUGUGAGGGAACCCGCAUCCUCGUCUUUGGCGGCAUGGUGGAAUUUGGCAAAUACAACAACAGCCUGUACGAGCUACAGGCGAGCCGCUGGCUGUGGAAGAAGCUGAAACCCAGGCCACCCAAGAACGGCAUGCCGCCCCCCUGUCCCCGCCUCGGACACAGCUUCACCCUCAUUGGGAACAAGUGCUACCUGUUUGGGGGACUGGCCAAUGACAGUGAGGACCCUAAUGGCAAUGUCCCAAGGUACCUAGAUGACUUUUAUGAGCUGGAGCUGCAGUCAGUGUCAGGGGUGAAGGGUUGGAACAUUCCGGAUACUAAGGGUGUGGGUCCGUGGGCUCGAGAGUCCCACACCUCGGUGGCAUACACUGGGACAGGCUCCCCCAAACUCUACAUCUUCGGAGGGAUGAGAGGCAGUCGCCUUGACGACCUCUGGCAGCUUGACCUCGAAUCUAUGACAUGGUCUAUACCUGACACUAAAGGACCCCCUCCUCUACCCAGAAGCCUUCACUCUGCCAACGUUAUAGAAAACAAGAUGUAUGUUUUCGGGGGAUGGGUCCCCGUUCCAGAGACAGACACACCUAACGCCCUGGGAGCUGAAUGGAUCUGUACCAACUCCUUAUCCGUGCUCAACUUAGACACCAUGACAUGGCAGAGCCUUGGCCCAGAUCAGCAACAGUGGCAGACAGUGAGCCAGGGAGACCAGCAGGGUCAGGGGGACCAGGAAGAGCCCCAGCCCAACAGCGGGGGACCCCGAGCCAGAGCAGGCCACUGUGCUGCCUCUGUCGGCUCCCGCCUCUACAUCUGGAGCGGCCGUGACGGCUACCGGAAGAGUUGGAACUACCAGGUGUGCUGCAAGGACCUGUGGUAUCUGGAGACAGAGCGGCCCUCCACCCCAGCAGCAGUACUACUGGUCAAGUCCACUGUCAACAUGCUCCAUGUGGCCUGGCGCCCCCUACCUGCAGCAGAGUGUUACAUCCUCCAGCUGCAGCCCGUCUCCUCCUCUAACACCCCAGCCAACCCCACAGCCCGACCCAGCACAGGUGGCCAGGAUAGGAACCCCCAGGACCAAGAUGUCCAGUCAGCUCAGGUCCCAGACGACCCCAGCUCACAGGAAGCCCAGAAGACGUCCCAACAGGAGGUGGCUGCAGGGCAGAAGGUGACUCCCGUGGAAGUGUCAGAGGCUGUUCGAGACCCCCAUCCAGAGGGAGAAAGUGAUGCUAGUGGAAAAACACACUCCGAGCCCUUGGGACAGGAGGGUGACCCCACAAAAACCUCCCAGCGCUCAGACACAAUGGCGAGCAGUGAGCACCAGCCAGGACAAGAACCUGACAGCACUUCCUCAGAUCCCAACACUGUCAAAUGCAAGGUAUCUGGUGAGAAAUCAGAUGAGUCUGAGUGGUUUGAUGCUGGAGUGUUCAAAACCCUGUUCUCUGAGGUUACCCACUACUACCUGCCACCUGAGAAUGACAUUAUUCCCACCAUCUACAGCAGACCCACUAACACUAAAGAGAUUAAGUUGCAGGGGCCUCAGGACUAUGAGUGGAGGGAGAAGCAGGAACUGUGUCCAGGUGUAGCCUACAGGUUCAGAGUAGCAGGCAUCAACAGCUGUGGUCAGGGAGACUUCAGCCCUGCCAGCGAGUUCAAAACCUGCCAGCCCGGCUUUCCCGGAGCGCCCUCAGCUGUCAAGAUCACCAAGGCUAAUGACUCUGUCCACAUCACGUGGGACUCCCCCACCUCCCCGUCAGGUAAGAUCCUGGAGUACUCCAUGUACCUGGCAGUGAGGAAGAGCCGGUCCAGCAGCUCUGAGCGUCCUGGCCAGCUGGCCUUCAUCAGGAUCUACCGCGGCACCAAGACCUCUUGCACCGUCAGCCCCGCCCACCUGGCCAACGCCUACAUCGACAGCUCCGCCCCCAACCGGCCAGCUGUCGUCUUCCGCAUCGCGGCCAAGAACGAGCAGGGCUACGGGCCCGCCACACAGAUCCGCUGGCUACAGGAUGCCAGUAAACUCAAGGCCUCGUCGUCACAACCAGAUGGCAGCCCCACGGAAGCAGAACAGGAGGCAGCAGACAGCUCAGGUUGAAGAUGGACUGCCAGACGCUCGCCGAUACCCAGGAAAGAUGAUGUAACUAGUCAGAGGGCAUGACUACUUUCCAACCCGAGCCAUGUCCCUCACAAAAAGGCUGUACAGAACUUAUAGAUUUUUAAGUUAUUUUUUAUGUUUUUUCUAAUUGUUGUACAUAACUGUUGCGUGUGUUAACUUCCACCUGUCAUUUGACCACACUGUAUUACAUUAUAGUGUACAAAAAGUUGUACUUCCAUUAGUAUUUUUGAAGUUAAAUAGUUAACUGAUGUUAUGACCAGAGAAUUUCCCCUCUUGUCAAACAGACAAGGAAUGAAUGUGCCUUAGUGUAUGAAGGGGUUUUGAAUGGGGAUGAUGAUCAACCGGCCAGCGACUGCUUCACUAUAAUUAACAUGUAGCAAACUUGAAUUGAAUAGUAGUGCGAUAUUUUGUGUAUUUAUAAUUUGGGCCAAGUCAAUGGUUGUAUUUCAGCCUCAGCAUGCAGAAGAAGUAUUUUUUUAAAGUAUAACAUGAUUCCAACACAGCACUUCUUACAUGCCUUGUGGGUAUGGAAUGUGAGGGUUUGAGUCCAUCAAUUUAUGUUUUUCAUUUACCAUUUCAUAUUUAUGGAUACUGUUUUUUAUCCUUUAUUCAAUUGUCUUUAUUUUUAUUUUGUAGCCAUAGGAAGUAAGCCAUGCGUUUGUAUCUUAAGCUAUCCAUACUUCUGUUAAUACAUAAAUACAGUGAUUGACACUACCUUUCCUCUCUUACACCACUGUAGCUCACUAUGCAAUGUGGAAUUCACUAGAUUUCUUUGGGCUGCUCAUGUUUACGAAUUGAAUAGUAGAUUUGAUCCAGACAUUAAUUCCAUCUGAUUCCAAAGCUACUUAGUAUGGCGAAAGCGAAGCUGCAUAUGAUUCAAAUAUUUUUUGUUGAAACAACUAACAUUUUUUACCAUAUGUUACUCAGUGAGUAUGUAGCCUAGAUCUCUUUUUUUUUGUUAAUAUGAGCUCAUUACAGGAGAGAAUUGUUUUAACAUUCCUGUUUUGUUACAGGGUUAUAUUGAAAAAAUAAUCUGGGCAGCAUGACUAUGUUAUCUCUGUACUCUUGGUAGGUGUAUGUUGUACAAUGUGUCAAAGGAGAAUCUAGAACAUUGUGGACUUUUGUUAACAGUCCAAAUGUAGUUAAACACCAAUAAAUAAAACUGGUCUUGACAAUCUGCUAAUGAG